AUGGCGCUGCCGGCAGUUGUCACGACGCAGCGCCGAGCCAUACCAGCCCAUUCGUUUCUCUUUGCUCGUAUUCUACUCGUCACCGUUAUUGAAAUGGCAUCGCGUCCUGAAGGCACUUGGCCGGCCGUCCGCUGCGCAUGCAAACCAUACAAGCCCCUGCAAACAAAGCGCCGCCCCUGCUUGCACCGAGCCAACGAGAUUCCCGUGCACAUCGCGACGGGUGACGAGUCGAAGCGCAGUCACAUCGUGACAAGACGGCAAUGCUUGGAAGCUCCGGGCGCUCUAUUAACCGCACACCCUCUUGCCUCGGCAUAUCAUCCGAUUGUACAGUCGACGUCGCAGCCGUCACCUUGGCUGGGAAGGGGAGGGGGCACGUCUCAUCUUGAUACGCAAAACUUGCCGCCAGAGCUGCCGCUAGUGCAAGUGGCUGAUCACGCAGACGUCGACUACUGGCCGUGGUCGCCCUCGGAGAAUCUGAGCCACACCACACGAUUUAUCAAGUCAUUGGGCUGCCAUCAGCUGUCCGUGUUGGCCAGCAGCGGCCACAAUGCCUUCGUUACGAAUACGCACAACAUGUGA